AUGCGCAUCAGUGUAGCGACUAUGCCCUACCUCAGAAAAGACGUGGAUGCUCGUUCGGCGACAGAACCAUGCUGCGCGAUUGCACGGAGACUGGCAGUCCGAAACCCCGAGUUCUAUUUUCGCAUGCGAAUACUCAAACUUGAGCAAUAUCAAUGCGGAGCCUCACCAGGCAGUGGAACGCGUACGGGCAAUCAUUUGCAAAUGAAUAAUUUUGAGAAAUAUGGUGCCGCCUUCUUCCUCUUCGUCACCUUUUCAAAGGAUUUUGUAGUGCCUCAACCCGAAGAGGAAUUUUGCGAAAUGUCUAAGGCCCUUAUGCACACACUGGAAGCAGUCAUGCCGGUACAUCACAUGAGAACCUUAGUGGAUUUACAAGCAAAACUGAAUGCGGCUGAUGCAAAUCGUCUGUUUGUUGUGGAUUUUUUCGCUGACUGGUGCGGGCCAUGUCGUUUUAUAGCUCCAAUUUUUGAGAACUUCUCAUCGAGAUUCACCAAUGCCACAUUUUUGAAGGUCAAUGUCGACCAUUCUCCAGACAUAAGCGCAUUCUAUGGGAUUCGUGCCAUGCCUACUUUUGUGUUGAUUAAGAAAGGUCAAGAAAUGGAAAGGAUCCAAGGAGCGAAUCCUCAAGCACUCGAAGCUGCAAUAAAUAAAUAUUACUCCUCCACUCCUGCAAAUCCAAAUGCUGCCAAUGAUGAAGAGAAGCGGUUUUUGCAACAAUUUAUCGCCAAUGUGGAUCGGGUAAGAUAUUAUAUGGAUGACAUCUACAAGACCUUAGCUGUUAGUGUUAUUCCGGUGGAAGAACUCAAACGCCAAGCGACCGAUGAUAAUGGACAAUUGAAUAGGCUGCAACUGGCGAAAGGCCUACUAAACUGGUUUAAAACCGAUUUUUUCUCCUGGUGUGAUAGUCCCACUUGUGAAAGUUGUGGGAGUCAGACUCCGAAAGGGUCAGGCUUAAAUGGCACACCCACAAUCGAAGAACGUGAAAGCGGUGCUAAUCGAGUUGAAGUUUACAAUUGUUCUUGUGGUAAAGAAGUCCGUUACCCAAGGUACAACGAUCCUGCCAAGUUGCUUGAGACAAGAAAAGGUCGUUGUGGCGAAUUCGCCAACUGCUUUGCGCUGAUGGCUGCCGCGAUGGAUUUUGAUGUUCGCUUCAUUUACGACAUCACAGACCACGUGUGGAUCGAAUUAUGGAUCCCCGAGUACGAUAACUGGGUUCAUUGCGAUCCUUGCGAAAACAUUAUCGAUAGACCAUUACUCUAUGAGAAGGGUUGGGGUAAGAAGCUGAGCUAUGUGAUAGCGUUUGGAACAGACCAUGUAUACGAUGUCACAUGGAGGUACACUGUAGAUCAUAAGAAAACAAUAAAAUUGCGGAAUAAAGUGCGCGAGGCAGUGCUGAGCAAUUUUUUGAUGAAGCUGAAUUCGCGAAUGGGCAGCAGCGCUACACAAGAUAGAAUUAAAGAAUUGCGAAGAAGACGGGUUCGAGAGCUAGUGGAAUUUCUAGUUAUUGGAAAACGAAAAACAGAUGGAGAAAACUACGGAGGAAGAACUUCAGGCGAUGUAGCUUGGCGAGCGGCACGAUCUGAGCUUGGUUGUUGUGUAAAAGAGGACAAUCUCAUAAGUUUAUCUCAGGAAGAACUUAAAAACAAAAAGUUCAGUUUGGAGUACAACUGUGCAAAAGAUUUUUACACGAGAGGAAGGGAAAACAUCAAAAGCUGGUCUAGUUAUGCCAAUUUUUCCGGACAAAUCCAGCGUAAAGAGGAGAAUGACUGGAAAAUGGCUUACAUUUGUCGAAAAGAAGGAGAAACUGAGGCAGAGAUCUCAUGGUCGAUUGAUCUUAGCAGCGUCAAAGUAAAAUCAUUCCGUUUACAAGUUUUCGGCACGGCUCUUUAUGAAAACGGAUCCCUUGUUGUGACUGUGUGUGCCGGUGAAGUAUGUUUCUCUAUGCGUAAAGACUCCAAUGAGCUGGUUAUAGACGAUUUACCGUCGGGAACAGUGAAAAUAAGCGCUCAUUUCUCCGGCGGAAGCGGAAACAAUGCUUUCCAACAUGCUCAACUUUUUCGAACGCCUCUAGAUAGUCCGGAAGCUCAAAUGAAAAUUGACAUUGAACUACAGUAGAAUCGAGAUGAGUUUCUUCACAAGUUUUAUUCUUCCCUACUGAAGGGUUGUAGUCUCUGAAUAGGCAUCACACAUAUACCAAACUUGUGCACUUGCCUACGAACGUGUAAAUUAUAGCAAAAGUGCAGUUAGUUUCCAAGUGUAGAUUAAUUCUCAAGUCACUAUGCAGAGAAAACUCUUGUGCUGGGUCUGUAACUCUAGUUGGUAGGAGUGUCUUUCUUUGGUGAAAACGUUUUUCAAUGGUGAAGGAAAUUUGCUGUUUCCAAGAUGCUGUUUCGACUUUUGUGUGAGAUACUGUUUCUAUGUACUGACUGAUGUGGCUUCACACUUUCUCCUUUUGAACUUCUCUUCUUGUGAUUUUUCUAGAUGUGCAAUGGGUAGUAAACGUGAUAAUGUGCCUAAUCCGACUGUAAUAAUUUUUUGUACAUAAGAAAGGUUGCUGUGGAAUAGUUACUUUCAAUUUAAAAUAAUGAAGC